AUGGAUUUGAACCGAAUACUUGACCGUAUUAUUAAGAUAAUCCAAUCUUCUCUCACGGUUUCUGCUUUCAGGAAGACUCACGGUUUCUGCUUUCACGAUCUUUGGGAUUUGCUCAAAAAAAGUAACGAUGAAGCGAAGCUAAGUAAGUUAGAGAAGAAAUUCGAUGCGCUUGAGAUGUAUGAAGAAGAACCGAUGGAUAAUUACUUGGGUAGAGUUGUUGAAGGGUUCGAGAAGUCGGGAAAUCCGAAAUGA